AUAUUCCAAUGUCAAACAGGUGUUUUCAUGAGGUGGCGUAGAGAGCAGCAAGCUGGAAGGUAAAAGUGAAUUGUGCGUACAGUUUUCGUUUAUUUCCGGCCAGCUGAUUAUGCUAGAUUAGAGCAUAUAUCUUCCGUCCGCUAGCUGUUCUAAGUGAAACCUGUAGGAUCACAGACAUUUCGCAUCAAAAACGAGCAACGUGUAGUGUUAUCAGGGGACGAUCGCGACAAAAAAUCGCGGAACGAAUUACUACAGUGCACCUCCUUCAAGUCGUAUUCGAUUCGAACGACGACGGUGAACAAACAUCAUGUUCCGACUGAUGGUUACAUCACGGCUGCUCUGCCAACAACUCGUCCGGAGGGAAGUUACAACUGGCUUAACUUCCCUGCAUUCCUCAACCAACAUUUCCUCGUUAACCAGCGCCAGACGGAUGGCGCACACGCAUGGGAUCAAUAGUGCAAGAUCGUUGUCCACAUCACAGCCAAAGUUGCAAAGUGAAGAAGUGGAAGUAACAUUUGUUCGAGCAAAUGGAGAACGGGUAAAGGCGAAGGGUAAGGUGGGCGAUUCACUGCUGGACGUCAUAGUCAACAAUAAUAUCGACUUUGAAGGAUUCGGUGCUUGCGAAGGCACCCUGACGUGCUCUACUUGCCAUCUGAUCUUCUCGAAACCGGACUACGAUCGGUUGCCCGAAAAGCCAAGCGACGAGGAGCUGGAUAUGCUGGAUCUAGCCUACGAGCUAACCGAUACUUCACGUCUCGGUUGCCAAAUAACGCUCUCGAAAGAGCUGCAGGGGCUAGAAGUGCGCGUACCGGCCACGAUCAACGAUGCUCGCAGCUAAGAUUAAAGCUUAAGCUUUGCGUAUUCCGAGUAGCGUCUGAUAAAAUGAACAAACUCAGGACACACACACAAACAGCUUAGAACACGCUCUGGUUAGCUUUUCAUUAAUGCUAGUUUAAAAGUGUUUCUGCUUACCGAUAGUCUUACUUUUCAUUCAUGUGUUCCUUUCAGUUGUAAAUAUGUCCAGCAAUGUCAACACUUUGAAUCGUUCAUGUUAGAUAUGGAUCGUUUCGAAUGUACCAAACCGAUUAAAUCGAGACGUAUGCGAUAAAUGAUUCACGAGGUGCUUAAACCGGGCACGCAAGGAGCAUGUUUUAUUCAUUUAUCUUUUGUUUUGCUCAUCCCGUACCCGAUGUAGCGCUAUUGUUUAAGAUGCAGUAUUUGUUAAAUGUUUAUUCGAUCGGUUCAGUUCUACCUGGUAACAGUGAAACAGACCACCAGGCUAUGCACCGUGCGCGAAAACAUGGGAAAGGAAAAAGCAAUCAAAUGCAUAGAAUAUCUAGGAAACGUUUUUUUUGUCAGUCAUUUAGUAAAGAGUGUUGUAACACAUUUCAUUGAACAAAUGUAUAAGGGUACAUGCAAAACAGAAGAAAUUGUUCUGUAAAUAAAAUGUUACAGAAAACAGAAAAUUUCUGUGCAAAGGGAAAAUUUUAAUAUCAUUAUGUGGAAAAGCUUCUAUUUGGGUAGAAAAAAUAAAGUUGUUGAAAGUUGUACGAAAA